CAUCUCAUCGUUAGUUCUUCAUGCUUCCUUCCUUCUCAUCCUCUCUCUUGCUUCCUUCCCACUAAUCACUAGCGCGAUAUCCGCAAAUCAACGCCACCUUCGGACAGUAUCUGCUGAAACACUGCUUCCGUCGCGCACAUGUACCGUCGCUAAAGGUGUCAGCAAUAUAGUGCAAGGAAAGUCUGUCCUUAAACUAGUGCAUCGGCAUGGCCCUUGCAACUCUCUCUUUACGGGAGCAUUGGGGGAGACUGAACAAGUUUUCAAGGAGACCAUCGAGCAGGACCAGUUGCGUGUCGAUUGGGUCAAUUCAAGGAUACCAUCUUCUUCAUCUUCGCACAACAGGCAAUUGCCAAGAGACUUGUCGCAAACGGAGGGAGCCAUCACAGCGGCUCGGAUGUACCAGGGGAGGCCACUAAAUAGCGACAAUUUCAUCGUAGCCGUGGCCCUCGGCACACCCACGAAAAAUUUCUUCCUCUCCUUUGACACGGGCAGCGACGUCAACUGGGUUCAGUGCGAGCCCUGCUCCUCAUGCUACCCGCAGCAGGGACCUACAUACGACCCAUCUGCCUCUUCCACCUACGAACCUCUAUCCUGCUCAUCCCCCGACUGCCCUUGGCCGGAAGAUUGCGCCGUCUCCGACAAGUGUCUUUAUAAAAUUCGCUAUCUUGACCAGUCCAUCUCGGAAGGUUACCUAAGCAGAGACAUCCUCACCAUGACACCCACGGACAGGAUGCCGGGAUUAAUCUUCGGGUGCGGCCAAAACAACAACGGCAUAUUCGGCAUGACCGGAGGAAUGCUUGCAUUUGGCCGGAGCAAUCUGUCUUUCGUAUACCAAACCGCCAAUCAGUAUGGCAACGUGUUUGCCUACUGCCUUCCAACAGUAAGCACGGAGGGCUACUUGGCCUUGGGUCCCGACCCCUCUUACGCUUCCGCCCAGUUCACACCCAUUCUCCCCGGUAGUCUACCCUUCUACUACCUUACUGUCACCGGAAUGAGUCUAAAUGGGCAGCCAUUAUUAACUUCCUCUUCCAGCUUUGCGAAAUCCGGUGCCUUUAUCGAUUCCGGGACGGUGAUCUCUCGGCUACCGCCUGCCGUAUACGAUGAAUUAAGGUCCGGUUUCCGAACACUCAUGUCCCAGUAUCCGUUGGCCGAGGCGGGUGGUGUGUUCGACACCUGCUACGACUUCUCCGAUUACCCAACAUAUGAUCACCCUUCCGUGACAUUGAGCAUCCAGGGCGGCAUCGAUUUAGUGCUCGGCUCAGCCAACAUCUUCUAUCCCCUGUACUGGAAUACGUCCCGCAUGUGCCUGGCAUUUGCUCCCACAGUGGACGAGAGUAAACUGGCUAUCAUAGGGAGUUGGCAGCAGAAGGGCACUCUACUGAUACAUGACAUCCCCAAUGGCAGACUUGGGUUCAAACCAGGCGCAUGCAAUAAUUAAGGCUUUUAAUUAGUGUGUUGUGACUUAUUUCCCUUUGUUAAUUACCAUCUUUGCAAUAAAUGGUGCAAAAAGCAAUCAAUGUGAUAGAUCAGUAACUUGCUCUCCUAUACUACAAU